AUGAGUAUUCCAAGUGAGGAAGAGAGCGUUCACACUUUGGAGGAUGGGGAGGUCCAUUACGUGAAACAUGGGGCCAAUAUUAUAUCGUAUGAUACUUCUUCCACCAUAGAAAAAACAAAGGGGAAGACAGGUGUUGUAGUCGAAUCUGUGCAAUCAUUCGUUGAGGAUGAGGAAGAAGAAGAUGAUGGCUUGGAUUGGGAAGGCGAUCCAACAGAUAUGAAAAACUCGCCAUACGCACAGGUUAGGGCAGUUGUUCCAGUCGGCGAUGACCCAACAAUUGAAAUCAAUCACUGGAGAACAUGGUUUCUGACUACUGUUUUCGUUAUACUCUUUGCUGGAGUCAACCAGUUUUUCUCCCUGAGGUACCCAUCGUUAACAAUCAAUUUUUUAGUAGCUCAAGUUUGUUGCUAUCCUAUAGGAAAGCUACUCUCGUGGUUACCAGACUGGAAAUGUAAGCGCUGCCAUUUCUUCGAUUUGAACCCUGGUCCUUUCACCAAGAAAGAGCAUGCCAUUGUUACAAUCUCUGUCGCCCUGACAUCGAGCACAGCAUACGCUAUGUACGUUUUGAACGCACAGACUGCUUUCUAUAAGAAGAAGCAAAGCGUCGGCUACCAGUUUCUGCUCGUCUGGACUUCUCAAAUGUUGGGAUACGGUGCAGCAGGGUUAACAAGGAGAUGGAUUGUGUACCCAGCUGCCUGCGUCUGGCCACAAACAUUGAUUGCUGUUUCCCUUUUCGAUUCUUUGCACAAUACUGCUAUCGACAAGACUAUUGUCAACGGUUGGAGAAUUACGAGAUACAGGUUUUUCUUUUUUGUUCUCCUUGGUAGUUUUGUUUGGUAUUGGGUCCCUGGUUACCUGUUCACAGGGUUGUCAAAUUUCAAUGUCAUCCUAUGGGGUCCCAAAACUAGGAAUAACUUUAUUGUCAACACGAUUUUCGGUGUUAAGUCCGGGAUGGGGCUCAUGCCAGUGACUUUUGACUAUACCCAGAUCUCUCAAGCGCUAACAGGUUCAGUCUUUGCAACUCCAUUCUACGUCGUUGCCAACACUUACGCUUCCGUUUUCAUCUUUUUCAUGAUUGUUUUGCCCUUCCUUUAUUUCUAUAACGUCUGGUACGCCAAGUAUAUGCCGGUCAUUUCUGGUACCACGUAUGACAACACGGGUAAAUCGUUCAAUGUUACGAAAGUGAUCAAUCCAGACUUCACAAUUAAUUUGGAGAAAUAUAAGAAAUAUUCGCCCAUCAUGGUUCCAUUUUCGUAUUUGUUGGCGUAUGCCCUAAAUUUUGCAGCUGUUGUGGCUGUAUUUGUGCACUGUGGUCUGUAUCACGGCAAAGAUAUCAUGAAGGGGUUUACCAAUCGUUUCCACGGUGGUCGAGACAUCCAUACGAGGACAUACUUGAAGAACUACAAUGAUUGUCCUGACUGGUGGUACGGUAUUGUUCAGGUUGUGGUUGCCGGUUUAGGGUUUGCGACGGUCUGUGGUUUUGACUCAGGACUCCCAGUCUGGGCCUUUAUCAUUGCCAUUAUGUUGUCUUUGGUCAACUUUAUCCCUCAAGGUAUUUUAGAGGCAAUGACGAACCAACACGUCGGUUUGAACAUCAUAACCGAAUUGAUCUGCGGGUACAUGUUACCCCUGAGACCCAUGUCCAACUUGCUGUUCAAACUGUACGGGUUUAUUGUGAUGAGGCAAGGUCUUGAGUUGUCUAGAGAUCUGAAACUGGGUGUGUACAUGAAGGUUCCACCUAGGUUACUAUUUUUCAUUCAAAUGUACGCCACCAUUAUAUCUGGUAUGGUCACCGUCGGUAUCCAGGAAUGGAUGUACGUGCACAUCGACGACGUCUGCUCGACGACCCAAAAGGAUGGAUUUAUCUGUGCCAACGGUCGUACCAUGUUCAAUGCAUCCAUUAUUUGGUCUCUCCCCAAAUAUCUGUUCUCCCCACACAGACUGUACAGUCCCCUAAUGUGGUUUUUCCUAAUCGGUCUGCUUGUGCCUCUGGGAGUGUACGCAGCGCAGCGUGUGUUCAAGAAGAAUCAAUUCUUGAAGCAUAUCAACACUCCUGUGUUCUUCACUGGGCCUGGUAACAUCCCACCAAGCACACCAUACAACUACACAUUGUACUUCGCGAUGGGGUACAUGUUAUUCACAAUCCGGAAGCGGUUCCCACGGUGGUUCAACAAGUACAAUUUCGUGAUGGGGGCCGCUGUGGAGACUGGGGUGGCGAUUGCCGUGGUUAUCAUCUUCCUGUGUGUGCAGUACCCUGCGGGGAACAUAAAAUGGUGGGGGAACACCGUGUGGAAGAACACAUACGAUGGGAAGUACAAGACGUACUAUACUUUGAAGAAGAAUGAGACCUUUGGCCCUCAGAAGUGGUGGUGA